UCUCCCAUCCAGACCACAUUAGACCAGGUCCGGAUCAAAAACCACUAUACCUAUAUGGAUUAGAUUACCAAAUAGGCUCCAGCGACUUAAGUACAGUGGUUUUUGAUCUGAAUGGGGGAAGAGCAGUGACAUUGCCCCUUUUUCUGUUUUCAUAAGCAAAAUAAAGGUUUCACAAAUCUGAAAUUGGGUUUCAACAGCGUUACGGCUUUUGCUAUGAUGCAUAACACAUUUUCAUAAGUGUAGGUGGUGCAAAAACGGAGAAUCAGCUGCUAAACAUCAUUAUUUAUGUUUCCUUUAACUUUCCCCUUAGCUCGAAUUAGAAGCUGACUUCGGCGUCGUGGAGCUGGUGGGUGUUUGAAGCGCGGCGUCUGCAGCAUAAUUAAAACAUGGCGGACUCGGAGGAAUUUAGACUCAAACGAUUAAAGCUUUUCAACCAACGUUUCCCCCCCUUACAGCACGAAGAACGCCUAUCUAGAGUAUUUGAUGAAGUGAUGGGGCUGGGAGACUUUGCUGACUCUUCCAGGGGCUCUGCAAGCUCCUCCAGGAGCGGAGAUCAGGAUGAGACAAAGGGAGUAGAUGAAACUUCAGGACAACAUCAACCGGUGGAAGAAGAGGAUAGCAACAGCAGCAGACAAGAAGAAAAGAUAGACAAGGGGAUAGAAGAGUCAUCCUUCCCUCGCAUUGCCUCCCCUUCCUCUGACCGACGCUCCUCCUUUACCAUGGGAACCAAUGAAGGCGGAGGAGGAGGAGGAAGCGGAGGGGCGGCGUUUGAUGACGCGCUGGACGGCCUUCCUGUGUAUGGGCCAGAGGAAGACGAUGAAGACUGGCACUUUGCCCUGCCUAUGGGCACCUUGGAGGACGUUGAUAUGAGCAAGAUGAACAGAAAUGACAAACAGCCAGAACAAGGGAACAACAAAAUUCAAGAGGAUCCCUUUGCUCGGGAGUCCAGAGAGGAGGAGGAGGACCAAGAGAGGGAAGGGAGCAGUGGGUCUGCAAACACCUCCCACUCCUCCCAGGACCACACGCCCGAGAACAGCCAAGAUGGAGGGGUCCUGAACCAGACAGAGGAGACAGAAGACAGCCAGCAAGGAGAGAGGUCAGAGGCAGCUCCGACAGAGGACAGUAAUCCCCCGAUUUCCCCGAGUAUCAACAUUAAAGAUGAGCCUAUUGAUGAGGGUUAUGACGCUGCUUUACUGCCUCAGAGCUCCAUCAGACAGAUCAAAGAGGAGCUGGAGCAUCAGGAGGAGGAGUUGAGGAUCAGCUCUGUUUACUCUGUAGGUGGAGGGAACACCUUUGCAUCCCCUACCGUACCAGCAGCAGUCCCAGCUCCCCCUCCAACGGCCAUUUUUAUCCCAGGUAGAGGAGCUGUCCUACAAGCCAUGGCUCCCCUUCCUGUCAGACCACCAGCUCCAGUCCCAAGUUCUCUCCCAGCUCUGACACAAAUGCCCCCACGCCCACCUCACCCCCCCAUUCCCGGUAGUGUUCGCUGCAGUGGCUGCUCUAAGGUUCUGCUAAAAGGCCAAACAGCAUUCCAAAGAAAAGGCUCGACACAGCUCUUCUGCUCCACAGUCUGUCUGACUGGCCAUCUGCCUCCAGCCAACAAAAACCGAACCUGUUUCCAGUGCAACAGAGAGAUUCUUCAGCCCAGGGACAUGAUCACGAUUCCAGCAGAUGACAACGCUUUCAUGCACUUUUGUGGCCAGUUCUGUCUGUCUGUCUUUAGACACAAGAAGAAAAAUUCUGAGAAGGUCAUUGACAAAUGGGUUGACAAACGACUUGAGAAGAAGCCUGAGAAGCCACAGGAGAAACCAGCUGAGCGACAGCCUGACAAAAUUUUCUGCAGUGUGUGUAAAAUCGCCAACAGGCAGAUUGAGCAUGAGGUCAGCCAUCAAGGUCGUCUGCACAGACUCUGUAGUGAUGCUUGCUUUGUAACAUGGCGCAAGAUCCGACAAUUAGCCAUGAACUGCUGUGAAGGCUGUGGACUUUACUGUAAUAGCAACUCGGGCUCCUGCCAAACACUCGUGAUUGAAAGAUCUAAGCUCAACUUCUGUGGUCCCACCUGCAUUGGCACUUACAAACAGACUUGCAGAAAAACGGUUGAAUGUGCCUACUGUCACAAGAUGGCCAUAGUGUCCUCCACCAUUAUGGAACGAGACCAAAAGGGCAAAGUUCAGCUUUACUGUUCACCUGUCUGUGUGGAACAGAGUCGACCACCCCGACACACUCUCAGCGGUACUCCAUUCCCAUGCUGCCUGUGCAAGGUUCCAGCUGUUCCUCAGUAUCAUCUAGCUAUGGUGGACGGCACCAUUCGUAACUUCUGCUCCUAUGACUGUGUUUCUAUAUACAGGAAAUCCGGUCACGCCUCUCAGGCAGACAUGACCAAUGGAACCUCCUCUCCCAGGGACCCCUCCCUCAGAGAUGCCCCCAGACCAGGGCCGUCUGCCGGAGCCAGCUCAGUCCCUCCCAUCCCUCAGGACUACCCAUCUUCAGUCCCCUACCCCGGCCAUCAUCCCAGUAAUACCUCAGUGCCCCCAUUGGUGCCUCCCUACCCAGCCAUGUCCUCCCCCUCUGUCCCGGGGCAAGCCCAGGCCAGAGCACCCCCUAGUCAGCCCCUGAAACCAGCAGAGGGUGGACCAAGUGACGCCUCCAAACUGACCUGCCAUCAGUGCAGCAAACAGUUCAACAUCAAACCGCUGCUAUUCAGUCACCAAGGUCGUAUCUCUAUGUUCUGCAGUGAGAUGUGCUGUGAGCAGUAUAAAAGCCAGAAAAAUGUCCUGGCAUUGUGUGAGUGCUGUAAACAGGAGAAGGUGCACUUUGACACUAUCAGCUACAACCAACAAGACCUCUUCUUCUGCAGUGAAAGCUGUAAACUACUCUUCAAACAUGAUCUGACAUCUCGUAACAAGGAUCACCCCUGGCGUCCCUGCAGCUACUGCUCCAGCAUUGGCCAGAAGAUGCUGCACAGCCACUAUGGAGGCAAGAUGGAGGAGUUCUGCAGACCCCACUGCAUGUCCCAAUACACUGUACUCUAUUACGGGAUGGGUCGUUGUGACAGUUGUAGGAAACAGGGCUACUUGACUGAGAAGCUGCAGUGUUUGGGUUCAGUCCGUAACUUCUGCAACUUGCCCUGCCUACUGCAGUACUGCUACAUGCAUUUUGAGACGAGCCAACACACCAGCAGUAAUGGUACUGGAACGGCCCCACAAACACCACAUGCUCCAACUCAGCCCCACCACUCCUCAAAGAUGAAUCCUGUCAUAGCUGAUGUUGUCUCAUUGGCUAACGGCUCUGCCACUCAGCCCAGCGUGUCAGCAGAUAGGGCUCUGACUGGAGCACUUCCAACCUCCAACGUAGACGGCAAGAACCUAGACCAUGCCAGUACUCAGACUGACGCCAUGCGGGUGCCUGUGUCCCGUCGCCGUCAAAUGAAGAACAAGUCAGUUCUCUGCCGGCCGUUCACCAUGGACCAAGAGAGCAUGUGUCUGCUGCCCACACCUUCCACUGAGUCAGCAGCUCUGUCUCUGCCCUCAGGCAGCUGCUCAGUAGGAGAGGAGAAUGUGAAGGUGUUAAUGGUGCCAGUCCCAGUACCAGUCUUCAUUCCAGUGCCUAUGAACAUGUACUCCCAGCACACACCUGUUCCAAUGGCUAUGCCCAUGCCUGUUCCAGUGCCCAUUGUAGUACCACCACAGAACAAGGAUGUAAAAGAUGCAGCCGUCCAAUCAGAUUCUUUGGCUGUGAAGGAAGAAAAUCAGAAUGAUAGGCAUGUCUCCGGGGCAGACUAUAGUGGAGAUGUAGAGUCAGAGGUGGUCCCUCCCAUAAUCCACAAAGAUGAGGAGACUCCUAAAGCAGUGGAAGCCCACCUGCCACUUACUGUAAGUUCAGAGGGGAGCACAGAGUCAACUGUACCCCAGCUUAAUACCCAGCCAGAGGAGGGCACGACGACAAGCGACCCACCUACCACCAGUGCCGAGCAUCAACCUCCCUCUUCUCCAAUGAUGGAUUUGGAGAGUGACUUCCCACCUGAAUCGUUGGAUCAGAAGUCAUCUGUUCCACAGCGAGGAGUGAAGAGACCCAGAGAAGGUUUCUCCGGCCGGAAACGGGGUCGAAGGCGAGUUGGUUCAGUGGACCGCAGUGCGGCGGCAUCUCCAGCCACCUCCAAACUGAACCACCUGUAUGGGGUUAAAGCCUGGAGGAGCUGGGUCCAACAACAGAGCAAACAACCCCAAAAAUCCGGUCCAGUAGAUAUUAAAGAAGACAUCCUUCAGUGUGACUCUGCUGAGCUGAGCUUUGCUCUGUCUCGCUUCAUCAAAGAAGUGCGUCGGCCCAAUGGAGAGACUUACAGCCCGGACAGCAUCUUCUACCUUUGUCUGGGGAUACAGCAGUAUCUGUUCAUGAAGGGCCGCAUAGAGAACAUCUUCACUGACGAGCUGUACAAUCAGUUUGCCUCCGAGAUCACUGGGAUGCUGCAACUCUGGAGGCCUAAACUACUACCUAGUGGUGGCUUUGUUUCCUCCCGUGUUGAAGAGCACUACCUGUGGGAGUGUAAGCAGCUGGGCGCCUACUCACCCAUAGUGUUGCUCAACACGCUUCUCUUCUUCUGCACCAAGCAUUUCCGCUUCACCACGCUGGCGCAGCACCAAAGCCUCUCUUUUUCCAACUUCACUCGCCACUCCAAACCCUGCAGCCGGACCGGCAAAAUCCACUACCUCCAAUACCAGAGAAGCUGUGCUGCCACACCGAGCCGAGAGGUGACAGAGCGAACCAGAAAAAGGCAGGAGGAGGAAGCGGGAGACCUGGAGAUGCUAGAAAACGUUACCAACCCUCUACACUGUCCAGUCAGACUCUAUGAGUUCUACCUCUCGAGAUGCCCAGAGACGGUGAAGAAGAGAACUGACGUGUUUUUCCUCCAGCCUGAACAGAAUGUCCACACACACAGUUCCCACUGGUAUACUUGUCAACCAUUGGAGCAGACCACUCUACAGAGCAUGCUCACGCGCAUCUUGGCUGUCAGAGAGCUUCACCAGGAACUGCAAGCAGCCCAACAUCAGUCCUCAGCCACCAACAAUGAUGACAGCUUACAGUGAUAUGAAGCUGUUUAUCCACAACCCUCAUUGCAACAGAAACCUUCGCUGAUGCUGAACAGUUCACAGUGAAUUGAAGCUUACGCUCAUCAGUCAUUUCAGACUGAGACUGGCAGGUCUCUGAAAUGUGGAGUUAAUAUAAGGAUGCUGAAUACCAGGCUGUCAAAGACAGAAAGGAUACUUUGUCACAGGGAGACACAUUUAAAGGACUUUAUAAGUGUGGGAUCAUGGUAUUUAGUUACCUCAGUGGCCACCCCCUCCUCAUAUAAAUGCACAAUGAGUUUACAAACAUCUGAUACUGUUAGAUAUGAAAAAGGGAGUGUUAAAGAGUAAAUCUUCUUUUCUCACACCAGAGUGACCAUUUAUCACAUGUGGCAGGUUUAUUUACUACCAGUAAUGGUCCUCACCAAGACUCUCAGAUAAACUCCACAAUAUUAGAGUGGUGUAAGCAGCAAACUGCUUGUGAGAACAGUCAGUGCUGAAUGUAGAUGAGUUUACAUCCAUCUGUUGAACAGAAAUGUGUUGUUUUUAGUGUUCACCCUCUUUGUAUCAGCACUUUUUAACAUGGAGCAUAUUGACUAAUAUGAGCUUUGAAGGUCAA